GAACCACACUAAAUGCAACGUGACAUCUAGAGGUCACAUGAUAUUCAAAGCCAAUCGCUGCAACGUUAAUCUCAUGUAGUCACGUUGCAUUUGUUGUGGCCCCCAAGAAAAGUUCCUGCUGACAUUACGAUCGACUGUAUUAAAAUAAUGCACAUUUUCGAUUUAAAUUUAAAUUUAGUGGAUGCUAAGUUCUUAUUUAGUGUAAAAACUAAUUGUGAAUUACAAUAAUCUGAACAUGCAGUUCACUUCCAAUAGAAGAGCAUUAUGAAAAUAAAAAUGUGUUUCCGCAUUAAGUAGAUGAGUGGGAGUGUGUGCCAACCAUCCAUCGGAAAGGAGAAACACACGGUGCAUUGGUUCCGUAAAGGAUUGCGACUACACGACAACCCUUCUCUGAAAGAAGGUCUAAAAGAAGCCAAGACAUUUCGUUGUGUUUUCGUCCUAGACCCUUGGUUCGCCGGUUCGUCCAGUGUUGGAAUUAACAAGUGGAGAUUUUUAUUGCAAUGUCUGGAAGAUUUGGAUCGUAACUUGAGAAAAUUAAAUUCUCGAUUAUUUGUUAUAAGGGGACAACCUGCAGAUGUGUUACCGAAACUUUUUAAAGAAUGGGGUACCACUGCUCUGACUUUCGAAGAAGAUCCUGAACCUUUUGGAAGAGUGAGAGACCAUAACAUCACUGCAUUAUGUAAUGAACUAGGCAUAACGGUAAUACAACGUGUUUCACACACUCUUUACCAUCUGCAGCACAUAAUUGAUAGAAAUAGUGGAAGGGCGCCACUGACCUACAAUCAGUUUUUGGCUAUCAUUGCAACCAUGGGACCUCCACCAAAACCUGAUAUUCCUGUUAGUUCUUCAAUGUUAAAUGGUGCACAUACACCGUUGACAGACGACCAUGAUGAAAAAUAUGGUGUUCCGACUUUAGAAGAACUAGGAUUUGACACAGAAGGUUUGAGUCCUCCGGUAUGGCAUGGUGGUGAAAGUGAAUCCUUGGCGCGCUUAGAAAGACAUUUAGAACGAAAAGCUUGGGUAGCAUCUUUCGGCCGACCAAAAAUGACUCCUCAAUCUCUGCUACCUUCCCAAACUGGUCUGUCGCCAUAUUUAAGAUUCGGCUGCUUAUCGACGAGACUUUUCUAUUAUCAGUUGACCGAUUUGUACAAAAAAAUCAAGAAAGCAUUUCCUCCGUUGUCUUUACACGGCCAAUUGUUAUGGAGAGAAUUUUUCUACUGCGCUGCUACCAAAAAUCCUAAAUUCGACAAAAUGUUUGGAAAUCCAAUAUGUGUUCAAAUUCCUUGGGAUAAAAAUGCCGAAGCACUGGCUAAGUGGGCAAAUGGCCAAACUGGUUUUCCUUGGAUAGAUGCUAUAAUGACGCAACUAAGGCUAGAAGGAUGGAUACAUCACAUAGCUAGACAUGCUGUUGCUUGUUUUUUAACCCGAGGAGACCUCUGGAUUUCGUGGGAGGAAGGCAUGAAGAGGAAAACAAAGGAAAACAAAGGAAAACAAAGGAAAACAAAGGAAAACAAAGGAAAACAAAGGAAAACAAAGGAAAACAAAGGAAAACAAAGGAAAACAAAGGAAAACAAAGGAAAACAAAGGAAAACAAAGGAAAACAAAGGAAAACAAAGGAAAACAAAGGAAAACAAAGGAAAACAAAGGAAAACAAAGGAAAACAAAGGAAAACAAAGGAAAACAAAGGAAAACAAAGGAAAACAAAGGAAAACAAAGGAAAACAAAGGAAAACAAAGGAAAACAAAGGAAAACAAAGGAAAACAAAGGAAAACAAAGGAAAACAAAGGAAAACAAAGGAAAACAAAGGAAAACAAAGGAAAACAAAGGAAAACAAAGGAAAACAAAGGAAAACAAAUGAAAACAAAGGAAAACAAAGGAAAACAAAGGAAAACAAAGGAAAACAAAGGAAAACAAAGGAAAACAAAGGAAAACAAAGGAAAACAAAGGAAAACAAAGGAAAACAAAGGAAAACAAAGGAAAACAAAGGAAAACAAAGGAAAACAAAGGAAAACAAAGGAAAACAAAGGAAAACAAAGAAAAACAAAGGAAAACAAAGGAAAACAAAGGAAAACAAAGGAAAACAAAGGAAAACAAAGGAAAACAAAGGAAAACAAAGGAAAACAAAGGAAAACAAAGGAAAACAAAGGAAAACAAAGGAAAACAAAGGAAAACAAAGGAAAACAAAGGAAAACAAAGGAAAACAAAGGAAAACAAAGGAAAACAAAGGAAAACAAAGGAAAACAAAGGAAAACAAAGGAAAACAAAGGAAAACAAAGGAAAACAAAGGAAAACAAAGGAAAACAAAGGAAAACAAAGGAAAACAAAGGAAAACAAAGGAAAACAAAGGAAAACAAAGGAAAACAAAGGAAAACAAAGGAAAACAAAGGAAAACAAAGGAAAACAAAUGAAAACAAAGGAAAACAAAGGAAAACAAAGGAAAACAAAGGAAAACAAAGGAAAACAAAGGAAAACAAAGGAAAACAAAGGAAAAUAAAGGAAAACAAAGGAAAACAAAGGAAAACAAAGGGAAACAAAGGGAAACAAAGGAAAACAAAGGAAAACAAAGGAAAACAAACGAAAACCAAUGAAAACCAAUGA